AUGAAAUCCAACGAUGCCGAUAUGGCUAUCAGAACCAAACUCGGGGCUGCGCUUUUGAAUUCUCCAAGUGACACAAUGGCGAUGGCAUCCAGUGAUGCUGAGAAAGUCAGCGCCAAACUUGAUGCAGGAUUGCGGCAUCAAUGCGAGCUCGCCCAGAUCAAGAAGGAGAAGAAAUUGGAGAAGAAACGCAAGCGCCAUUCUGGCUUGCAUUCUGUUGAUCUCAAUGGUGUUGAUGAUGAGGAUCUGAGGAUCAAGAAGAUCAAAACCAAGAAAGAGCGCAAGGACGAGACCAGUGUUGUGAAGAAAGACGAGAAGAAAGCUGAGAUGGAGCCACCAAAGACUCCAACUAAGAAACACAAGAAGAAGAAAAGUAAGGAUGACAGAGAGGAUGCUCGCAGGUCACCCGCCACUUUGAAGCUACUGAAGAAGCUUGAGGAUUGGUAUGAUUCCAGCUCGGAUGAGGAGGAUGAGGAGAUGAUCGUCGCCGACCAGAAGGCCGUUGGCAGUGAUGGUUCGAAGAACCCGUAUGAAUACAGCUCCGGUGAAGAGGCAGAUAUGGACGACGAGAAUGAGGAGUAUAUCAAGAACAGCUUCAUCACCUCAGACAGCCAGAUCAGACAGGUGGUUAAGAGCGAGGAGCUGAUGCGGACUAUCCUUUACCCCAAGGUCACGGCUCAAGCGCUAGAGAAGUCAAACUCCAUGACUGAGGCAAGAUUGUCGACCAGCAAGGGCGAACUUCUGCGUACUAUUCUUCAUCCAAAGGUUGCAGUUCAAGGUUCAGAGAAGGUCACGCAUGGGCAUAAGCUCUUCAAUGAUUUGGACGACGUCUUCACUUCGACCCCAACCAUCAAGCCGCAAGGAUGCUCCAUCAAUCCCGAGGGCUCACUAGCCAAAGCUUCUCGUGCCAGAAGAGUGUCACUCUCACGCGACCCCGAAGAUUAUUCACAUCCAAUUCGCCAGCGAAAGGCCGGGGAGGUGGUUGAGAAUUGGGAGGAGAACCCAGGAACUGUUCGAGGGAUGGUUCAAGGGCAUGAUGAUACUGAAAUGGAAGAAAACAUCGCAUUCUCGGAGCACUACAUCACCACCAAAUCCAACCAAAGCAUCCAGAUCGGGCAGAGCACUUACAGCGUCGUCAAGAUCUCCCCCGGGGCUGGUUGCUCAUUGACCAUCGAAGAGGGAUUCAAAUUCUGUUUUAAAUUCUGUACCGUAGCCAGGGGCGGACCUGUGCUUGUUUGUCUUGGCCCGAAAGGAAAGGAGACCAGAUUGAAGUGCCAAGAGGGUGGUAUGUGGAGAGUUAGAAGCGGGGAUAUUUGUGAGGUUGUGAACGAGAGUGAUAGGGAAGUUGUGAUUUUUACGUUUGUCAGUGGGGAGCACGAGGAUUGA